GUCGCGGAAUAGGUCGGUAGUUGCGCAGCUAGAAGCGCGCUCGGUGAAUUGCUUAACAUCAGCUCGGAUCGGUCCUUACCAUCAUGAAGCGAAAAUAUCUGGGAAAAACUGACUUGAAUUUGCCUGUCGUCAGCGUAGGAGGAGCUGCUUUCUCUGAUAUAUAUGGAUCGUUCAAUGAGGCACGUGCCAUCCAUUUCAUCAGAGACUGCUUAUUCCGCGGCUCGAACUACAUUGACACGGGCUUCUGGUACGGCCAAGGAACAUCUGAGGCCGUCAUCGGAAAGGCAGUGGAGGAGGUACACCGCAACGCUUUCUACCUCGGCACGAAAGUAGGCCGUUAUGAGAAGGACAUUUAUAAAAUGUUCGACUACUCAGCCGAGCGGAGCAUCGCUUGUGUUGACUCCAGCCUGCAGCGCCUGGGAGUAAAAUACGUCGAUCUGAUCCAGGUCCACGACGUGUCUUUCGGGGACUUCGACGUGAUUCUCCGCGAGACGCUCCCGGCGUUGCAGAAAGUGGUCGAUGCUGGGAAGGCACGCUACAUUGGAAUAGCGGACUACGACCUCGAUUUGAUGAAGGCCAUCGUCGAGGAGUCGGAGGUGCCCAUUGCGGCGGUGCUGUCGUACGCGAAGUCGACGCUCCUGGACAACCGCCUGGAGGAGUACAUCCCGUACUUCAAGAGCCGCGGAGUCGGCGUCAUCAACGCUGCCCCCACAGGCAUGGGUCUGCUCACCAACUCUGGGCCACAGCUGUGGCAUCCAGCUAGCGCGGAGAUCAAGUCGCUGUGCCGGCAAGCAGGAAUCAUCUGCAAGAGGAGGCGAGUGGAGUUGGCUCAAUUGGCCACCUGGUUCUCGCUGCAGACCGACGCGGACACGACGGUGUGCGGGCUGAACUGCCUGGACCAGCUGAAGGAUGUCACUCGCGUGCUCGAGGAAGGCCUCAGAUACGAGGAGAAGAGCGUCCUGCGAGAGCUUCAGCUGAGAUACUUCAACCGAGGCACUCUCCACUGGGACAAGGUUGAGCUCCAAAGAUACAAAGCGCGGAUGGCAGCCAUGCCCCAUCCACAAGAGUAAAACAUGUCUGUUUUACUGGUCAUUUCUUUUGGUAUUUUAAUUCAUUACCGAACUAGGACGAUUUUUUAGAGAACUACAUUCAAACCAGCUGUAAUUCAGCAUUAUUUACAUAAAGCAAAAUAAGAAAAUAAUUCAUUUCUUAAUUUGAAUUUGUAUUUAAAUUUGACAAAUUCUAGACGUGAUCUAACAAAAUGUGGAUCACAGUGUAAAAGUGAAGGUAUUUUCAUUAGGUACUUGUACAAAAUUUUCCCGGUUAUUUGUUACAACAACAAUAGCCUACAAUAGUCCACAACUGGGCAAAUGGCCAGCAGACUGCUAAACAUGAUAUAUUUUUUGUUAAGUAUAAUUACUAACUUAAAGGCAUUUGCCGUUAAUAUUAAACUAAAAAUGAGUUCUCUAAAAAUCGUCCGUCUUAGGUGCAUUCAAAUUAGCCACUUGAUACGACCAUCUUUUAUGUAUUUUUAUACAAAUUACCGUAAUUCUAUAACAAGAGUCCGCAUCUAAUCUAGUGUCGGGCAUAAAUCUUAGGUGGGAACGGAUCGGCUUCCGUUUGCUCAUGAUCAUGUCCUUCUUUUGACUGGUCGGCUUCGGCCGUUGUUUAUUCCCCUCUACCGAAAAAGACGAGCCGCUAAGUGAUGUAGCGUUCCGGUACGAUAUCGCGCAUAAACCGAUUAGCGUUUAAUAUAACUGCUAUACUCCCUAACAGGCCCGCUACCAUCUUAGACUGCAUCAACACAUACCAACAGGUGAGAUUGCAGUCAAGGGCUAACUUAUAGUGGGAUUUAAAAAAAAGCUUACGCUGACGCUGGACGCAAUUCCAACACAGCAACAUUCGUUAGUCACUUUAGCCCACGACCACUUUAACUUCGCAACUAGUUUUGGUCCACAGUCGGUAGCUACGGUUUAUGUUGUAUACAUUACGACUACAUACUUGUAGCUAAUUUGAAUUUACCGUGCAGGGUGCCUAGUGUUUUUACCUAGGUGUAUAGGCCUAUUCGAAACUGCACUACACACUAGAUGGCGCUCUUCGAUUCCAAAUCGAAGUGAACUUUGACGCAAUCCAAUAGGUAAACUUAUACUCGAGCCAAGGUACGAAAAGAAUAAAUAUAAAGAAAACUGGCAUGAAAAGUAACAUAAAUUUGGUAUUAUUUCCAAACAGAAAAUAAUAUAAAUACGAAAAAUAAAUCUAAAAAUUUAAUGAAUGCUAAGUGAUGCCCCCGGUGAGGUUCAGAUAUACAAAAAAUUUAUCAAAUAUAGACAACUUUAUCCGUCAAAAACAGUCUAUUACGUUUCAUUACAGUUUAGAUUUUUUUCUAAUUCUUAAUAAGAUUAUUCACAUUUCAUUUAUUUUA